AUGGAGAGAAAAACCCAUGAGGAAGAGGAUCAAAUCGUGACUCCAUGGGAAGUAACCGCCGAAAAGGGCGGCAAAAUCGACUACGACAAGCUUAUCGACAAGUUCGGCUGCCAGAGGAUCGACCAGCCGCUCGUUGAUCGCGUCGCCCGCCUCACGCGCCGACCUCCUCACGUCUUCCUCCGCCGCGGCGUCUUCUUCGCCCAUCGGGAUUUGAGUGACGUCCUCGAUGCUUACGAAAGAGGGGAGAAGUUUUAUCUCUACACGGGCCGUGGCCCCUCAUCGGAGGCACUGCAUUUGGGCCAUCUUGUGCCCUUCAUGUUCACAAAGUAUCUGCAGGAUGCAUUUAAGGUCCCGCUUGUGAUACAACUAACAGAUGAUGAGAAAUGUAUGUGGAAGAAUUUAACCGUGGAGGAAAGCCAGAGGCUUGCCCGUGAAAAUGCUAAAGAUAUAAUUGCUUGUGGUUUUGAUGUUUCAAGGACGUUUAUAUUUUCUGAUUUUGAUUAUGUUGGAGGUGCCUUCUACAAGAACAUGGUCAAGAUUGCAAAAUGUGUGACUUACAACAAGGUGACUAAAAUGGCAGGGAAGGACGACGCCAUGGAGGCUCUCAAGAGGGAGGCAGUUGAUUUGGAGAAUAUACCGAUCGCGGAGGUUUUCGAGAAUCUGAGGUGCUCGAGAGAGGGGCUGUCGUCAGAGGAUGCUAGCAGGAGGCUUGAGAUUUUUGGUCAGAACAAGCUUGAGGAGAAGGAGGAGUGUAAAUUUCUGAAGUUCUUUGGAUUUAUGUGGAAUCCUCUGCCCUGGGUGAUGGAAGCAGCGGCCAUCGUGGCCGUCGCUCUUGCAAAUGGAGGAAACUGGGGAAACUUCGAGAUUGUAUUACGUGAUGACGUGACGAUAAAUGCAGCUACCAUCACCAUUAGGCGCAACGACAUCUAUGUAUAUGGGUUUGUAGCUGGUGAGGUGCGGCGAGAGUUCAGGAGUAAUGGACCGGGCGUAUUGACAGUGAUUAAAAUAGCGCGCCAUGGCGUCGCCAUGGCGCGAGGCGAGGCGAGGCGAGGCUUCAACGCCUCAUACCCUUGA